CUGUUUCAUGAAUCAUACGUUUGGAUCAAUUGGGCAGGAGAUGUAAACCUAUUUGCAAUUUGCAGAGAAGAGUCGUAAUCGCCGGAAGGAUUCCACCCCUCUCUGGUUUUUUCCGCCGGCGGUGGCUACUUUCCCGUCGAUCGCUUCAUCGAAUCGGACCAGUCAAUCCUCCAGCUGCUCGAUCGAUCGAUUUCUCGAUCCCUUGAUCGCUCCCUCGAAUUCAAUUACGGGUUUCUGAGAGAGGUUUAGGCAUGGCUAGCGGGGUUGGGGGAGCGACUAACAGUAGGACGUCAUCGAGCUCUUCAUCCUCCAAUGGUGGAGGUGAUGCCGCGAAUUUCGAGUGCAACAUUUGCUUAGAUUUAGCGCAAGACCCGAUCGUUACACUCUGCGGUCACCUCUUUUGCUGGCCUUGCAUUUACAAGUGGCUGCACGUGCAUUCCCAGUCGAGCGAAUGCCCUGUGUGCAAGGCGCUUAUUGAGGAAGACAAGUUGGUGCCAUUGUAUGGUAGGGGGAAGAACUCGGCUGAUCCUAGGUCUAAGUCGAUUCCAGGGAUGGAGAUUCCUCAUCGCCCCGCCGGACAGAGGCCUGAAACUGCUCCUCCACCACCACCACCACAACCAAAUGCUUUUCCACCUCAUGGCUUUGGGUUUCCUGGUGGGUUUGGUGGCUUUGCUCCGAUGGGAGCUGCAAGGAUUGGCAACUUUGGACUCUCUACCGCAUUUGGUGGUCUCAUUCCUUCUUUGUUUGGGAACUUCGCUCUCUCGGCAGCUUUUGGUGGUCUCAUCCCAUCUUUCAACAUUCAAGUGAAUGCUUUCCCUGACGCUGCUAUGUAUGGGGGAGCUGCUGCUCACCCAUAUGGAUACCCAAACGCGUUUCACGGUGUUCCGGGUCAUGGGUUUCUUCAGCGCACAUAUCAGCAACAGCAAGCUGAUACUGCCUUCAAGGCAUCGGUGAUGUUCGCACUGAUUGGGAUCUUUGUCCUCCUUGCUCUUAUCUGGACAUAAGGUGUGUGUUUAUCUAUGGAGAUUGAUUCUUUUCUCACACAGUGUGUUUUCAUUUUUCAUCUUUAGACUGUACAUCUAUCCCUUAGACAUCACAUCAUCUUUGUAUCUCCCUUGGUUUGAAAAAUGUCCAUAUACAAGAUACUGGAUGGAAGUUUUUGGGCUUCCUUUGCUUCAACAUUUGUAGCUUACGAGCCUGUAUGGUUAAGGUUUAUAUUUCUGAAGUGGUUCUAUAUGUUGAAAUUUGUGCGGAUGAAAUGGCCGAAUUUGAUUAGUUUCUAAAAACUGUUAAAGAGUGUACUCUGUAUAUUUGAAUACAUAAAUAGAAUAAUUGUGG